AUUUUAUAUUUGUAAGGGUGUUUGUUUAUGUUGCGGUGUUUUUGCAAAAGGCUGUUUUGAUUAAAUUCAGUGCUUUUUUAUUGACAUAACUUGCAAGAUAAUAUCAAAAUGAAAGUUGAUGUGCCAGCUCCAAAUGAUAAAUCAAAGAUCCCUUUGCCGACCCUUUCUCAGAUAAAUGCUGAUAGAAUAACACUUCUUGCAACCCAAUAUUGGUCACCUCAAACUAAAGAUAAUCACUUGCCCUAUGAUGCUGCUAUUGUGGAGUCCAUAUAUCAAGCAGAGAUCCUUGGAUCAAAUUUUUCUGUACGGCGUAUAAUGAUGUUGGAAUUUUCGCAAUACCUCGAAAAUUAUUUGUGGCCACAUUAUGAGACGGGGAAGGCAUCUCACGCUCAUAUGAUGUCAAUAAUCGUAAUGAUUAAUGAGAAGUUCCGUGAGAGGGUCCCAGCAUGGCAGGCAUUACUAAAGAAACCAGAUGACUUUCCUGGCUUCUUUGAGCAAGUUCUUCAUGCUAGUGUAGCGGAAGACCAUUUAAGUAACAAUAUGAGGGAGCAGACAAAUCUCCUACUCUUUUUGAACCAUUGCUUUGGGAGUAUGGAGGUGCAAUUAUGCAGAGAUCAAGUGAAACGAUUGGUGUCUCUUAGCAUGUGGAUUAGUUUGCAAGAAGGUCGACGAAAUCAAGAGUUCAAAAACGUACCAAAAUGGCGGAAGUAUUGGAGGGCCAUACAGAAAAAAGACAAACCUGAACUUUUAGAUAAGUUGAACUGGGAGAGGCGAUACUUGCAGAAACUCAUGAUUAAAUUUAUGAGGACAUUGGAAAGCAUUCCUGAGGAGGGUGAUGUUAACCCAGAUAAAAUAAGAUACUGCGAGCGAUUCCUGGAGCUGAUGAUCGACCUUGAAGCAUUAUUACCAACGCGGCGCUUCUUCAACACCGUCAUGGACGAUUGUCACCUGGUGGUCAGAUGUCAACUAGCAAAACUCGCUGAACGCCCGGAAGGACAGCUUUUCUCACAGUUGUUGCAAAUGUUAAAAUUCUACGCGAGGUUCGAAAUAAGUGACGAGACUGGAGAUCCCAUGACUGAUAAGGACAUGGCAUUGCAGCAUUACUCAAGGAUAACAUCGCUUCAGAAAGCAGCAUUUUCAAAGUUCCCUGAUUUGCGACUUUUUGCCCUUGCCAAUGUGGCAAGUGUGGACACGAGAGAAUCCUUACAAAAGCAUUUUGGAAACUUGAGUGAUCGGGCAUUACGCGCAAUUGCAAAUUAUCUGAAUCUCAUACCACCCGAGGGCAGAGAGUCCGAGGCUGCUUGGCAUCGUUUGGACAAACAAUUCCUUCAGGAGUUAUUGAUUUCCCGACAUGAACGCCGUAUAUCACAAUUGGAAGAGCUGAACUCUAUGCCCCUAUACCCCACGGAGGAAAUAAUAUGGGACGAAAAUGUCGUCCCAACUGAAAUAUACAGUGGCGAAAACUGUCUCGCACUGCCCAAACUGAAUCUACAAUUCCUCACUCUUCAUGAUUAUUUAUUAAGGAAUUUUAACCUGUUCCGCUUGGAGAGUACAUAUGAGAUUCGUCAGGAUAUAGAGGAUGCGGUCUAUCGUUUAGCGCCGUGGCGUGCAGAAGAUGACAGCGUAUACUUCGGCGGUUGGGCGAGGAUGGCCCAUCCGAUACAGAGUUUUGCUGUGGUUGAAGUGGCCAAGCCGAACAUCGGCGAGAAAGCACCUUCCAGGGUCCGGGCGGAUCUCACUGUCACUCUUAGUGUUAGACGAGAAAUCAAGCAAGAGUGGGAAAAUUUAAGGAAACACGAUGUCUGCUUCCUUGUUACUGUUAGACCUACUCAGAGUAUAGGAACGAAAUAUGACUACAAAAAGAGUAUGGUGGAGCAAGCGGGAAUCGUGUACGUCCGCGGCUGUGAAGUUGAAGGUAUGCUGGAUGCAUCAGGACGGGUCAUCGAGGAGGGUCCGGAGCCGAGGCCGGAAUUAGAAGGGGAUUCCAGAACAUUCCGUUUAUUACUGGAUCCUAACCAGUACAGGGUUGACCUCGACCGUGCGAGCAAGGGUCAUGAGGAUGUAUACGAGACAUUUAACAUUGUGAUGCGAAGAAAACCAAAAGAAAACAACUUCAAGGCAGUGCUGGAGACCAUUCGUGAGCUCAUGAACACGGAGUGUGUAGUACCAGAUUGGCUUCAUGACAUCGUCUUGGGAUAUGGCGACCCUGGACAGGCCCACUAUACCAGGAUGCCAAACGAGAUUCCAACUCUGGACUUCAACGAUACCUUCCUGGAUAUGGAGCACCUUAGGAACAGUUUCCCCGGCCACGAGAUCAAGCUGAAAACUGACAAUCCACAGAAACUGGUCAGGCCAUUUAAAGUUACUUUCGACAACGUGUUACGUAAGCAGGAGCUUGGAGAUAAUGCUAUGGAUGAAGAUGAAGAACGGAAGGUCAUAGUUGUGGAACCGCACGUACAGCCCAAGAGAGGGCCUUACCUCUACAAUGAGCCUAAGAAAAACAAUAUACUGUUCACGCCAACACAAGUGGAGGCUAUACGAUCGGGAAUGCAGCCUGGAUUAACGUUGGUCGUCGGACCACCGGGAACAGGUAAAACAGACGUGGCCGUACAAAUAAUAUCUAACCUCUACCACAACUUCCCAUGGCAACGGACGUUGGUAGUAACUCAUAGUAACCAGGCUCUCAACCAGCUCUUCGAGAAGGUGGCAGAACUCGAUGUUGAUGAGAGACAUCUACUGCGUCUUGGUCACGGUGAAGAGGAAUUGCAGACUGAUAAAGAUUUCUCUAGGUACGGUCGUGUAAACUACGUCUUAGCGAAGCGAUUGGAGCUCUUAGAUCAAGUAGCUCGUCUCCAACGGACCCUGGAGGCUGGUAGCGAGGCUGGAGCCACAUGUGAGCUUGCUCAUCAUUUCCACGUGUACCAUGUGCGUCCACGCUGGCAAGCUUUUACGCGGGCUGUUAAACAGACGAAAACCGUGGAAACCAUUAGUAAAGACUUUCCGUUCCACGAAUUCUUCGAUGACGCCCCCAAACCACUGUUUCCGGGAAAAUCUUAUGAAGAGGAUUUGGAAAUGGCUGAGAGUUGCUACAGGUACAUAGACCACAUUUUCGAAGAACUGGAAGAAUUUCGUGCGUUCGAACUGCUUAGGUCUGGUCUCGAUCGUUCCAAAUACUUGUUGGUGAAGGAAGCCAAAAUUAUCGCCAUGACGUGUACGCACGCCGCACUUAAACGAUCCGAGCUGGUUCAGAUUGGUUUCAAAUACGACAACAUCCUAAUGGAAGAAUCUGCUCAAAUCCUUGAGAUUGAGACCUUCAUACCGCUGCUGCUCCAAAACCCUCAGGAUGGUAGAUCGCGUCUCAAGCGCUGGAUCAUGAUCGGUGAUCAUCACCAGCUGCCUCCAGUGGUGAAGAAUAUGGCCUUCCAGAAGUAUUCUAAUAUGGAGCAGAGUCUCUUUACCAGAAUGGUGCGUUUGGGUGUGCCAUAUGUGGAAUUGGAUGCACAGGGACGAGCAAGGCCUACUAUUUGCAACCUGUAUCGUUGGCGAUACCGCGCUCUUGGAGACUUGGGACACGUGUGUCGCCUGCCCGAGUACCGCGCGGCUAACGCUGGUUUGCGGUACGACUUCCAACUGAUCAACGUGGAGGACUUCAAUGGAGCGGGUGAAACUGAACCCAGCCCUUAUUUCUACCAAAACUUGGCAGAAGCAGAGUACGUGGUAGCGGUGUUUAUGUAUAUGAGGAUCAUUGGAUGGCCAGCGGAGAAGAUCUCUAUCCUUACCACUUACAACGGACAGAAGCACCUUAUCCGAGAUGUCAUUGAUAAGAGAUGCGCUGACAAUCCACUUAUUGGCAGACCUCAUAAGGUAACGACGGUGGAUAAAUAUCAAGGUCAACAAAACGAUAUCGCCUUGAUAUCUCUGGUUCGUACUAAAGCCGUGGGUCACGUGCGCGAUUUGAGACGUCUGAUCGUCGCGGCGUCUCGUGCUCGACUGGGACUUUACGUGUUCGCACGCGCUAAUCUCUUUAGGAAUUGCUUCGAAUUGCAACCUACCUUCAAUCAGCUAGUAGAGCGUCCGUUGGAACUCGAGUUGGUCCCGGGCGAGCGAUACCCGGCUCAACGGAGCGCGCACGCAGUCACACCCGACGCGCUCGUUAUGAGCAUACGAGACAUGCCGCAUAUGGCCCGAUACGUAUACGACCUAUAUAUGAGCACUGCUGUACGACCUCAGGCCGAGCGAGAAUACAGUGCGCCGGGAACGCGUCGCGCUGCGCAUACGCAGGAACCCACUCACCAUGUGUCUGCGCAUCCUGGGGGUGACUCUGACGACGAGACUUUCACUCCGUCAGAAAUUGUUAAUGAGAUUGACGAAGCCACUGGAUAGAUUUCCCAUCUUUGUUUUUUAAGUUUAUUUUUUUAAACUGUAAAUAAACUUUUUUGACUCA